CUGUGUGUGUGUUGGCCGAGAUGUGUUUUCCUCUUCCACUGGAGUGAAAGUUACAUCGUCUGUCGUUCGUAAUGACGGUCUUGCAUCGAUGAAGGGGUUUCACACAGGGAAUUAAGGGCAAACUGCACUUUAACUUGGUGUAAAUAUGGCUCAUCGUUCCCAGUGCUCCUCUACCGGGGACAAUCCCCUGGACCCAAACUACCUGCCCCCUCAUUACCGUGAGGAGUACCGAUUGGCAGUUGACGCCCUGGUUGAAGCUGGCUUGGAGGGCUACUAUGGGUUUCUUCAGGAAGCAGAUGUAGUUGAUUUCUUAUCCCGUUCAGAGAUUGAGUAUAUCAAAAGCAGGAUGCAGGCUCCGCAUCACACUGCCCAACCAGAGAGGAGAUACAUGGCUGAAGAUGUAGAUGGCUCUUCUGACACUUACUGGCCGGUACAUUCAGACCAUGAUGCUCCGAGCCUGGACUUAGGCUGGCCACAGCAAUACAGAUUUGUUGGACCCACUGAGGUCACUACAUUGAUGAAUCCGCCUGACCCCGAGAUGCCAAGUAUCAAAGAGCAAGUCCGUAGAAUGAUCAAGAAUGCACAACAAGUUAUUGCUGUGGUGAUGGAUAUGUUUACAGAUGUUGACAUCUUUGCUGAUAUUCUUAGUGCAGCGACACGUGGUGUGGCUGUUUAUAUUCUUCUUGAUGAACUGAAUGCUCACCAUUUUGUUGGGAUGGUGAACAACUGUAGGGUGAAUCUGGAUGAAAUAAAAUUCAUGCGAAUAAGAACUGUGUCUGGUAGUACCUAUUACUGCAGAACAGGAAAGACCUUCAAAGGUCAGCUGAUGGAUCGCUUUAUUCUGGUAGACUGCAGAGCUGUUUUAAGUGGCAACUAUAGCUUCAUGUGGUCUUUUGAGAAGAUACAUCGCUGUCUUGCUCAUCUAUUUCUGGGACAGCUUGUAACCACCUUUGAUGAAGAGUUUCGGAUUCUCUUUGCCCAUUCAGAGCCACUGGUUGUUGAAAAUGUUUUGGCAAAUAUGCCACACUAUGGUGGUGAACCUGAAAGCUACUGCAACACAGAAAAGACCCACAUGCCUAACAGACAAUAUCCAACUAUGGGCAUGGAAUGGGCUGGACGUACUACAGAAGAUCAUAUGAAAUUGGGUAACAAAAUGUUACCCUGUAGAAGUGAAUCCAUCCACAGUGCAACAGAAGCAAAUCCCUCUGUUCAGAGGCACAUGAACCUGCAUGCUGCCCAGCAAUAUAGAGGGGAUCAUCAAUUUAUAGAGCAUGGAAGGCAAAUGAGAGGACCAAAUGAAACGGUUGGCUUCAAAAGACAUAGCUAUGGAAAUAUACCUGAUUACGAAUACAUGCCCCCUCAAAACCAUCCAACAAUGAGAGGAAACCAGUACAUGGAGGGAGCAAUGCCGCAGGGCGACUACUUUGCAAGGGAACCACAUAUCUACCAGGGAACUGGAUUGCAAUCUGGUUAUGACACGCAUGGAAGGUUUAGAGGCCAAGGCCAACACAUCGAUCAGUUUUCAGCGCCUGUCUACCCUCACGAGGAGGAUGAGGCUGAACCACCUGGAGCUUAUGACCAUAUUCAAAGAUACCUGAAGUCUCAACCUGCUAUGGAGGAAGGACAUGGUCCAAAAAAUUUAUUACCACCUGUGCAGUCCAAUCUCAAGAGACAUAGCAUGGGACAGUCUUAUACAUGUCAGACCUCCCCAACACAACCAAACCCGCCAGAACAGAAACGUUUCUUAAAUGUAAACCGCAAACCACAGGAUGUGAGUCAAAAGCAAGGCCUGCGGGACUGGAGGAUCAGCUCAUACCUCAGUGCAUGCGAUGAUGCUGGAGAGCUGGAUUUAGCUGAACUUGAAGGAUCCACUGCAUGUGAUGACAUUCCAUGUUUUGUAAAGGAAGCUCCUUGUGGCCCGGUAUGUGCUGAAAUUAGACCAGGAAAUAGAGAGUUUAACAGGAUACCUUCACCUAGGGAAAAUCCCAUGUUUGUCCAAAUUCAAAAUUAUUCUAUUGUGCCUGACAGUUUAGCUAAUCCUACAUCUGAUUUAUCACACAUAAAUAUCAAAACAACACCAGCAUCAACUUCAGAGUCUUCUUGCACCACCGAGGGUGACAAAGCAGAGGAGACGCAGAAUAGAGAACCUAAAGAGACUAACCGGAUAAGUGAAGAGUUCCUCAAGAGGAAACCCAGCCGACCUGUCCAGAGGAGUUCCAGACUGAGGCACUCGCUGAUAUUCAGUUCAAAUCUGGAGCUACAUACGUCAGAAGAGAUGAAAGAUACUGCUGGAGAAAAAGAUGGGGAUGAAACUUCAAAACUUUCAGCUCGUGUGUCACAAAUCUUCGAUAAAAGGAGGACUGGUUCUCCAUUUCAACCAUUUCAGUGGAGCAAUUUUGCAAAGUCAGCCACAUUUGAUAACUCCACCUCAGAGUCUGCACAACCUGAGGAUGAACUGAACAAAAUGGGUGAAAAUUCUGAUGUAGAUAAGGUUGAAACCUGCCAAAAUAUUCGAAAGAAUUCAUUAAAGGGUGAUCUGCAAGAAAAAGACCUGCCACAAACAGUUCCUGAAAAAAAUAGCCAAAGGGAUGAAUGUCCAUCUAAUUUAUUGCAAAAGCCAUCUUCUUUCAUAGAUAUGAAUGACCCUGACUGUAGACUGAGGUAUUUCAAAGAGUUAGCAGCCAAACGCAAACUUGCAACAGAAAAGGCUUCUCAGAGCAAUCCAAUGAAAGCCACCCAAACGUUUACUCUACCAGAGAAACCUUUAGCUAAUGAUGCAGAUAAAAAAACAGGGCCUGUUUUCAAGACCCCAGCAACUCCACUCAAGUCAAAAAAUACCCCUGCCACAGUAACAGGGAUCAAAGAAACCUAUAAAGACACCAAAUAUGAGGAAUCGAGUAAAGACAUCCUACAUAGAGCCACUGAUGCUGAAAAAAUUAGAUUUAAGAAAAAACUUGCAGAAGAGUCUGGCUCAACUUUAAAAAAUUUCAAGGGAGACAUUGAUCAAGCUCUAAAACCUGUUGAAGAGGCAAGAACAGCAUCUACAUCUAAAAAACAGACACCCCCCUUUUUAAACAUUGUUUCACAAAAGCCUCUCUGUGCCUUACAAAAUCAAGUAGAUUCUGUUGCAUUAGAUACUACCUCAACAGAAUCUGGCCUCAACCAAUAUCAUAUUCCUAAAGAAACAGAUCCCUCCCAUGCCAUUCUGACUGAGGGUUGUCCUCCUGUUAAGUUACCACAGACAAAGUGUGUGUCACCACUACGCACCACUCCAAAUGAGGGAAGUCCAUAUGCAAAAGAUUCCCAAAUUCUUGCACAGAGCUUAACCAAUAUUUCUAGCACAUGUUCUGAUACUGUGCCUCUUGGUUCUAAUUCAACAGCAAACCUGGCAAUUGUAGAUACUUGUGUACCUUCAAAAAAUGACCACAAAAAUACAGUUCCCUCCCCAGAAUUUCCUACAACUGGAAUUAGUUCCACUGAACACCCCAAUGCAACAAAGGCUGACCCCUCUCAACACCUCAAUGAAACUGGGGCAGAUUUUUCUAGACACUUCACCGCAGUAGGGGCUGAACCAUCUACAGCAGAAAAUGUGCAUUCCCAACACCACUCUACAACAGAGAAAAACGCUUCUCAACAGCAUACUUUAAUGGAAACAGACUCUUCCAUACCACCAGCUACCACAGAAAGUGAACCCUCACAAAAAUCUACUCCAACAGAGGCAGACCAUUCUCAACACACUCCUACAUCUAAAACAGACUAUUUUCAACAGCCUACUGCAGUGAGAAAAGAGUUUUCCCUGCACCCCACUGCCACAGAAUGUGGAACUUCAGAACACCUCACUGGAGCAGAGAUGGACUCUUCUCAGCUGUCUGCUGCAUCUGUGGAAGACUAUAUGCAACACCACGUGGCAAAAGAAAGUAAACAAUCCCUAAAGCCCACUGCAUCAGGUACACAACCCUUCAUACAGCCAAAUGCUUCUGCUGCAGCCUCUUCACAACAUUCCAGUGCAAUGGAGACAGACUCCUCCCAGCAGCCCACUGCGACAGCCAAAGACUCUUCUCAACACCCCACUGCAACAGGCACAGAUUCUUCUCAGCAACCCAUUGGAAAGGAGACAGACUCUUCUCAAAAGCCUAUCGCAAUGAAGACAGACACUUCUCAGCAGUCCACUGCAUCAAUGGUAGACACCAUCAAAGAGCUAAUUGCAUCAGAGGCAGACACUCCCCAGUCCCACACUGCAACAAAAAGUGACCUUUCCACAGAACCUUUCAAACAACUACCUUUAUUGGGGGCAGGCACUUCUCAACAGCCCACUGCAACAACCACAGGUUCUACCCAGCAGCCCACUAUAACAAUCACAGACUCUUCCCAGCAGCCCGCUGCAACACUGACAGACUCUUCCCCGGAGCCCACUGGCUCUUCCAGGAAGCCGGCUGCAGCAGACAAAGACUCCUCCCAGAAGUCCACUUCAACAGUCACAGACUCUUCCCAGCAGCCCACUGCAACAGUCACAGACUCUUCAGACGCAGACUCUUCCCAGCAGCCCACUGCAACAGUCACAGACUCUUUCCAGCAGCCCACUGUAACAGUCACAGACUCUUCAGGCACAGACUCUUCCCAGCAGCCCACUGUAACAGUCACAGACCCUUCAGGCACAGACUCUUCAGACGCAGACUCUUCCCAGCAGCCCACUGUAACAGUCACAGACUCUUUCCAGCAGCCCACUGUAACAGUCACAGACUCUUCAGAUGCAGACUCUUCAGACGCAGACUCUUCCCAGCAGCCCACUGCAACAGUCACAGACUCUUUCCAGCAGCCCGCUGUAACAGUCACAGACUCUUCAGGCACAGUUUCUUCCCAGCAGCCCACUGUAACAGUCACAGACCCUUCAGGCACAGACUCUUCAGAUGCAGACUCUUCCCAGCAGCCCACUGUAACAGUCACAGACUCUUUCCAGCAGCCCACUGUAACAGUCACAGACUCUUCAGGCACAGACUCUUCCCAGCAGCCCACUGCAGCAGAGACAGACUCUUCCCAUAAGUCCACUUCAACAGUCACAGACUCUUCCCAGCAGCCCUCUGCAACAGAGACAGAUUCUUCCCCUGAGGCCACUGCAGCAGUCACAGACUCUUCCCAGAAGUCCACAGCAACAGUCACAGACUCUUCUCAGCAUUCCAUUGUAACAGACACAGGCUCUUCACAACAGCCUGCUGCAACAACCACAGACUCCUUCCAGCAGACUUUUGCAACAGAGACAGACUCCUCCCAGCAGCCCGCUACAAAAGAGACAGACCUUUCCCAGACACACACUGUAACAGCCACGGACUCUUUCCAGCUGUCCAUUCCAACAGAGACUGAUUUGUCCCAGCAGCUCACUAUAACAGAAAGUGAAUUUUCCCAAAAUCCCACCAAAAUGGAGACGGAGACUUCCAAACAUCCUAUUAAAACAGAAAAUGAAUCCCUUCAAGACAUCACUGCAACAAAAUCUGACUCUCUGAAUGAGAAAAAAGAUGAUAACUUAUCUGAAGCCUUUAGCAAACUAAUACCCAUUCUAGAGGCUAACGUUACUCAAAAAGACAAUAGCAUAUCUCAAAAUGCAAUCAUCACAGACUUAAGUUCCCCAGCUAAACAUUCCCAAUCUGAUACUGUUACACCUUGUGAUAGCCAAGUGGAACUAAACCAAACACAAGCAUGUAUAACUCAUACAGUAAAAGACACAGACAAUGGUGCUUUAACUAGACUUGAUUCAAUGGAGGUGAGCUCAACUCAGCCUCAAGGUUCACCAGAACCUUGCUUGUCCUCGGAUGAGAUCAACUCAACUCAGGGAAUAACACAAUUACAAUCUAGCUUAUCAUCAAAUCCUAUGGAAUUUAGUUGUCAAAAAGACUCAAAGCCUGAGAAAACAGAUGGGUGCCAGACAUCUGACACCAUUACAGAGCAAACUGAGAGUCAUGACACUCCAGCUAUAGAUGCAGAGCCUCAGAUAGAAGUUUCUACAGCAAUAGACUCUAACGGGGUUGACAAAACGAAACAAACAACACCAGAGAUAGAAAACACUGUGACUAACAUUACAGACGUGUCAGAAAAAUCACAUUUGACUGUGCACAGUAAUUCAGAAAAUCAGUCUUCUGUUGCAGAGAAUGCAAAACCGAUUGUGUCUGCCCAUCAGACAUCUACUGCAAAUGUUAUCUCUUGUAGCAACCUUAGAGAUGACACUAAAGUUCUUUUAGAGCAAAUUUCAGCAAAAAACCAAAGCAGAUCUUCCCUGUCCAAGCAGACUCUUGCUGCACCCAAUGAAGCCAAAAAGACUGAGGUUAGCUCUGCAGAUAAAUUACUCUCAAAUUAUUCAGGAAGGCCCUGGUCCUCCAAGACUACACCAGAAGAGCGGGAGAUGGUACUACAAAAGAUGGAGCAAAUGCGUAAAGAGAGGAAGGUCUACAGUCGUUUUGAAGCCUCAUGAAUUGAACCAUUGGAAGAGGUGCUCCACCGAUGAACAAUAAGAGGGAUGCGAUUUUGCCAGAUUUUUUCAUUCUUAAAGUCUUACCUCAUAACUGUGAACCUGCACAAACUUGGAUUGAAGUGUUUUAUAACUUCUGAUUAUACCAAAGAGUACUGCCUAUAUUGAGAGAGUGGAAAUCCCUGCAGGGCUUAACAAGCUAUGCAGAUGAUCUGGAUGACAAAUACAGGAACUUUACCAGCUGGAAUAAGCUUUUGAUAGGGCAGGUAUUUCUUAGUGUGUAUAUCGCCUAUAUAGUAUAGCUGUGAAACACAUUUCUAAAUCUUCUGUAGUUGGGAGUUCUAUAUCAAGAAAUUAUGAUCUGUUAUAAAUACUGUAAAUAGAGAGUAACAAAAACGAGGAGUUCAUUAAAAAUGGAGCUGCCAGAGACAGAGCAUAUGAGCGAUGUGGAACGGGGGAGGAGUUGCAUGAUAUUGCCAGGAGCAAGAAGCAGGUUUUCUGAAAGUCUCCAACAUCGUUCUGAUUCUGCUCCAACAUGUUAACAGAGUCAGACUAUUGUUCGUGUUUCAAUACAGCAUAAAACUUUUCUCCAAGGUUUUUUUUUUCUUUUUUUUUCCAAUUAAUAUAGGUAUUUUGUGACCAGGUGUUUUUCACUGAUAUUAAAUACCAACACUGAAAGAACCUCAUAGUGAAUCAGUAACUAGGCACACAUUUUUCUGUGUAGUGAACUUGAAGCAGUGAGCUGGAGCAAAAUGAUCAAAGGAUGCUUUGAGGAGGGAAAAGGGAAAUUGCUCAGUCAUAUGGUCUGGCGAGAUAAUAGAAAAGGACAUUCCACUAGAUGAUUCAUUUAAGUGUUUACUAGUCCAUCAGUUGAUUGUGCAAACUAAAGAUAUGCCACUGUAAAAUCCAUUCUGUUGGUUUAUGUUGAUGCACAACAGAAACUCCUAAAGCACAUGUUUUUGAGUCCACGUAACAUAUUAAUGAGGAUAGCAUGCAGCACCUUUUACUAAAAGGAGUUUCUUAAUAUACCAAAUGUAUACAAAAAUGUGUAAUAUUAUGAAUUUAGGAUGAAAUAUUGAUUUAUUUAAAUUGUGAAAUCCGUUUGUCAACAUUUGUCCGUGUAUUAAGACUUGCAUCUGUUUUUGAUGGAGGUUCCCAUAAGCUACAUGUGUAAUAUGUGUAACUAAUAAUGUCUGUUACAUGUUCCCACCUGUUCCAAAAGUUGUAUGUUUAAAUCAUGUUUAGAGCAGAAUGAGUAAUACUACGCUGAUAUAAACUAAAAUAAAACUAGAACAUAAGACAUGUUCUUCAAAUA